UAAUGGGCUAUUUUUUUAUUUUUUAUCACCAUUUAUUUAUUUAUUUAUUUUUGGGUUUACAAAGUAUUACUAAUGUUAGUAUGUCAUCCACAAAUUCUCUCUCAUGUAAACGCAAGCUUGUUUGUUAGUCAACUAAUGUCCAGAUGGCAAUCUUUCUUCCAAGGAGUUUGACUUUUCACAUGCAGUGGGGAAGAUGAUUGAGAGACUUGCUCUUGGAGAAACAUUUUUCACAAAAUAAAUAAAGAUAAAUACAUCUAGGAAAGAACAUACUUAUUUAACCAAAAAAAAACAAAGAAAAAUACCCACUCCUUAAAAUAAACAAAUGGUGUUUUUCUAAGUUGCUUUUGAGAUUUUAAUUAAUAGUUAAGAGGAUGAUAAAGACCCAAAUGGGUACUCUAUAUAAUCCAAUUUGAUCGGAUCCGAAGUAGAUCAUUAAAAAAAAAAAAAACUAUGAAAUGGACAUGUUUUUUGGUUCAAAUUAAAAUUGCAUUCUAAAUUAUCUUAGGUUAACCUUGACUUAUUUCAUAUCCGAUUUGUUUAUUUAUAAUUGUGUAAUUGCUAAUAUUUUGUCAGCUUUAUAAAUCAAAUUAAAAUUUGUAGUCUAAAUCUAACAAAAAUGGACGAGUUAAAAGAUGUUUGGUAUUAAGUGCAUGGUCUUUAAACCUCCACAUGGCUUAGCUUUAGUUUGGUAGGAUGGAUUAAAUGUAAAGGGAUGACGCAAGCUUUCACUAUAUAGUCUAUAUUUAAUUAGGAGAGAGUAAAGCAAAAAAGAAAAAUAAGAGGAAAGAUGCAUUAAAAAGAAAAAAAACAAAUAUUUGUAGAAUAAAAUUAAUUUUUUAUUACCUUUAAUUAAGUAUUAACUUAAGCAAUAAUUAGAAGUAAAAAGUACGGAGUAAAGAGGAGAGAGAAAAGCAACAAAGAAAAAUAAGAGGAAAGAUGCAUUAAAAAGAAAAAAAACAAAUAUUUGUAGAAUAAAAUUAAUUUUUUAUCACCUUUAAUUAAGUAUUAACUUAAGCAAUAAUUAGAAGUAAAAAAUACGGAGUAAAAAAGAUUGUGCGGAGCUUUUGUUGCUGCAGAGUUUGAAGAUAGCUACUUUCCUUUUAAAUAAUUAAAAUUUAUUUAUUUAUAUCUUGACAUAUUAGGAAUGGUGGACUCGAAUACGACACACCUAACUCUGGUCUAAGAAUAAUAAGGUGUGAUGAGAAGAAAAUACUCCCUAUUAUAAAGUCAAAAUCACCCACUUUGAUCAUAGAUGAUAAAAUUAGAUUAUUGGAUAUUAGAUGAUUGGUUUAUUUUUAUUGGUGACACGUUUACUUUCAAAGUGAACAUUUUAGGUUAGAUCGGAUAUACCAUUGUCAUUAGUAUGCUCGGCCCACAAAAUUUAGUUUUGGGGACUUUUUAUUGGAUGGUGGGAUGAAAUUUCAACCCUCUUCUCUGGCUCCUGCAUCAUUAUUAGUUGCCAUGCCCUCUUCUCUGGCUCCGGCAUCAUCUUUCUCCAAUUUUUGUGAGUCCGUUAAAAGGUACCCAAAAAACCAAAUGUUGGGUCGUCGUCAAAUCAUCGACGGGAAGGCGGGUCCUUAUGCAUGGCUCACAUAUGAGGAGGUUUUUGAUGCAACCAUCCGAAUUGGUACUGCCAUGCGAAGCCGUGGUGUCAAUCCUGGAGACCGGUGCGGCAUAUAUGGAUCCAACUGCCCAGAAUGGAUAAUUUCAAUGGAGGCUUGUAACAGCCAGGCCAUAUCUUAUGUACCACUGUAUGAUACGCUUGGUGCUAAUGCGGUGGAGUUCAUCAUCAACCAUGCAGAAGUUGCAAUAGCUUUUGUUCAAGAAAACAAGAUACCAGCUGUGCUAUCAUGCCUCCCAAAGUGUACUUCGCAUCUAAAAUCUGUUGUGAGCUUCGGGAAUGUAUCCAGCAUGCAUAAAAAGGAGGCCGAGGAGCUUGGUGUAGCUUUCUUUUCUUGGGAAGAAUUUGCACAAUUGGGAAGUUUGGAUCAUGAACUCCCUCCAAAGCAAAAGACAGACAUUUGCACAAUAAUGUAUACCAGCGGGACUACAGGAGAACCGAAAGGCGUCAUUAUACAUAAUGGGCCUAUAAUGGCUGAGGUCUUAUCUAUUGAUCAACUACUUUCAGAAACAGACAAAGUGUUUACAGAAGAAGAUGCGUACUUCUCAUUCCUUCCUUUAGCUCAUAUAUUUGAUCAGAUAAUGGAGACCUACUGCAUCUACAAGGGUUCUUCAAUAGGAUUUUGGCAAGGCGAUGUCAGAUAUAUGAUUGACGACCUUCACGAACUGAAACCAACUAUAUUUUGUGGGGUUCCUAGAGUUUAUGAUCGUAUAUACACAGGUAUAAUGGAUAAGAUUUCAUUGGGAAGUACAUUGAAGAAGGCACUGUUUCACUAUGCAUACAACUACAAAUUGAGGAACUUGGAGAAGGGACUGCGACAAGACCAAGCAGCUCCUCUCUUGGACAAGCUGGUAUUUGAUAAGAUCAAACAAGGAUUUGGUGGACGAGUUCGUCUUAUGUUAUCUGGAGCUGCACCAUUGCCAAGGCAUGUGGAGGAGUUUCUGCGGGUGGCAUGUUGCAGUGUCUUAUCACAAGGAUAUGGUCUCACAGAAAGUUGUGCGGGUUGUUUUACAUCCAUAGCCAAUGUGUUCUCUAUGAUGGGAACUGUUGGUGUCCCCAUGUCAACCAUUGAGGCAAGGCUUGAGUCGGUACCAGAAAUGGGAUAUGAUGCACUCGCUAGCGUGCCUCGUGGAGAAAUUUGCUUGAGGGGAAAAACCCUGUUUUCUGGAUAUCACAAACGGCAAGAUCUUACCAAAGACGUUCUUCUGGAUGGUUGGUUUCAUACAGGUGAUGUUGGAGAAUGGCAAACCAAUGGAGCAAUGAAAAUCAUCGACAGGAAAAAGAAUAUUUUUAAGUUGUCUCAAGGGGAAUAUAUUGCUGUGGAAAACAUUGAAAACGCGUACUUGCGAUGCCCUCUUCUGACAUCGAUUUGGGUCUAUGGGAACAGUUUCGAGUCCUUCCUUGUGGCUGUGGUUGUCCCUGACAGAAAGGCACUUGAGGAGUGGGCAGUAAAUAAUCAUGAAACUGGAGAUUUCAAAUCAUUGUGUGAGAACUUGAAGGCAAGGAAAUACAUACUAGAUGAACUCAAUAGCACUGGUCAGAAGAACCAACUUAGAGGGUUUGAAAUGUUAAAAUCAGUUCAUUUGGAGCCAAUUCCUUUUGACAUUGAGAGAGAUCUGAUUACUCCAACAUUUAAGCUCAAAAGGUCACAGUUGCUCAAAUACUACAAGGAACGCAUAGAUCAACUGUACAAUGAAGUCAAGGCAACGAAGGUGUCGAAGUAGUCUUAAAACAUGAUAACCAGAUUUGAAGACUUCUUCACUUGCAGCAUGCUUCAAUCAAAAUUCAUGCAGAUUUUUCAGAUAGUAUCUCGUCCAGAACCUUAGUGUGAGAAAAGAUUAUGCAUAUUUUCAGAAACUUAAGAUGCUUAUCCUUGUUCAUGUUUGUAUAUAGAAUAAAUAAUUGAAGUUUUUUAAGUUAAUAAUAUGAUCAAUCUGGAGUCAGGUAUUCUACAUUUA